UAUGUGUGAGUGGAGAGAGAGAUGCAUAUUUGACUCUUUAAUUUCUGCAUAUAAACUAUAGAAAGAGAGGGGAGGUUGGUGGAAUAAGAAGAAAGAUAAAGGAUAUGAGUAUCCUUGUUAUUUGUCUGGUCUUCACUUCCAUAAUCACCAACACACUUUCAUUAACUCAAGAACAAGAAAAUGACCGAAUUACCGCGUUGCCAGGGCAGCCGGAGGUGGCAUUUUCGCAGUUUUCCGGCUACAUUACCGUCCACAAGAAACAAGGUCGAGCCCUUUUCUACUGGUUAGUUGAAGCUGCAGCUCCCAAUCCACUCCUCAAGCCUCUUGUACUUUGGCUAAAUGGAGGACCGGGUUGCUCAUCAAUAGCAUAUGGAGCAUCAGAAGAAAUUGGACCAUUUAGAAUUAACAAGAAUGCAUCUUCCCUCUCUCUCAAUCAAUAUUCUUGGAACAAAGAGGCAAAUAUUCUAUUUCUUGAGUCUCCGGCUGGUGUUGGUUUCUCGUACACGAAUACAAGCUCCAACCUCAAAGACUCGGGUGACAAGAGGACGGCUAGUGAUGCGCUAAAAUUCCUCAAAAGAUGGAUGUCAAGAUUUCCACAAUACAAGUAUAGAGAGUUCUACAUAUCUGGAGAGAGUUAUGCAGGUCAUUAUGUUCCUCAACUAGCCCAGAAAAUCCAUAACUACAACAAGAAUCACCAUGAUCCAAUCAUCAAUCUUAAAGGGUUCAUAGUAGGGAAUGCCGUGACAGAUAACAAAUAUGAUAACAUUGGCACAGUAGAAUAUUGGUGGACUCAUUCAAUUAUAUCAGACACAACCUACAAAACAAUUAAGAAUUCUUGCAAUUUCACAUCACCAAAAUACAACGAAAAAUGCGAUAAUGCGAUAAACUAUGCGUGGAAUCAUGAGUUCGGAGAGAUUGACCAGUAUAGUAUUUAUACACCAUCUUGUAACAAAUCAUCAGGUAAUGUUACAUUAAGCAGGCUCAAGAACACGCUGGUGCGUAGACGCGUAUCAGGAUAUGAUCCAUGCGUUGAGAGGCGAGCCGAGAAGUAUUAUAACCGGCCUGAGGUACAACACGCAAUGCAUGCUAAUUACACAAGGAUUCCAUAUAAGUGGACUGCUUGCAGUGAUGACCUUUUGGAAAACUGGAAGGAUUCUCAGUUUUCGAUGCUACCAACAUACAAGAAACUAAUAGCGGCUGGUUAUAGAAUAUGGGUGUUUAGUGGAGAUACAGAUUCGGUUGUACCAGUUACUGCAACGCGAUUAUCGUUGAGCCAUCUCAAUCUAACGGUUAAGACCCGAUGGUACCCGUGGUAUAUAAAUGGCCAGGUAGGGGGAUGGACUGAAGAGUAUGAUGGGCUAACGUUCGCAACGGUUAGGGGAGCGGGUCAUGAAGUCCCAUUGUUUCAGCCUGAAAGGGGAUAUCUUCUAUUCGAAUCGUUCUUGGCUGGCAAAAACUUGCCAAGGUCAUGAUAUAUAUGAUUUUGUAGGGUUAAGUUAUGAUCAAUCUGCAGGAAAAGAGAACUGUGGGUUGGUUAUUUAAGUAUGUAAGAAUAUGAUUGCAUUUGAUUCAACUCAUACAAGUUUAUAUGGAAAUUGUAAGUGCUACUGAUAUAUAAAUGUAAGAUGAACAAUUGGAAUACUGAAUACUUGAAUAGGAUAUCUCAUGA